AUGUCUACUACCACAGUGACUCUGACAAUGGCCCAAGCCGACCAAGCAGAGUGUACCUGUCCCAGCUGUGGCAUCAGUCUGCCCAGCCCCUCCAUUGCUCUCGACGCCCAGAAGCAGAUCGAGGACCUCCAAGCGCAAGUCCGGCUUCUAACGCAAAAGGCCACCGCAGCUGUGGACAAAUGGGCCGACUACGAAGACGAGAUCGCCCAGCUGCGCGCCCAGAACAGCCAGCUCCAACCCGAAGGCCGUCCCGAGUCCGCCAUAAGCAGCGUGCCCUUCGACGAGCGCUCGCCCUCUCCCACGCGAAACUCCAAUUCCUCAUCGACCCCCAGCGGGGGGCUCUCGAACCGACUCUCGGCCUUCCUCUCAUCGCGCAAAUCGACGCCGAAUCUCAAAUCGCACCCCUUCCCGCCGCCCGUCACGCCCCCCUCCACGACCGACCUCGUGGCCGCGCUGAACCGCGAGCAGAGCCUGCGCGAGGGCGCCGAGCGCAAGCUGAGCGAGGCGUCCGGCGAGCUGGAGGAGCUCAGCGCCCAGCUCUUCAUGCAGGCUAAUGAGAUGGUGGCCGCGGAGCGCAAGGCGCGCGCCAAGCUCGAGGAGCGCGUCGAGGUCCUGGAGCGCCGCGACGGCGAGAAGCGCAAGCGGCUGGAGCGGCUCGAGGGCGCGGUCCAGCGCAUCGAGAGGGUGAGAGGCUUGCUGGCUCCCGGCAUGCCGCGCUGA